AUGAGUACACCCGCACAACAGUUAAAUGAGUUUAUAGAAAGUCCAAAAGUUAUUAAAGAAGGGUAUGAAAUAAUAGACCAAUUAAUGAAAAGUAAUUAUAACGUCAAUUCUCUUGUUACCGACUUGGGUGAUACUUUACCAAGUGAAGACGAAAGAAUAAGGUUCAGAGCUACAUCUUUAUUAACAUAUUGUUUAAUUAAAUAUCCAUUAAAAGAAGAAUCAAAAAAUGUAUUUAUUGAUUAUUUAGCUAGUCGUUUAGUUGAUGCUGAAUGUUUAGAACCAAUUUUGACAGCACUACUUCAGUUAGUAACAAGGAAACCAUCUGAUGAAAUUAUUAAUGAAAUUGCAACGGCAUACUCAUGUAUGAGAACUCAAUUGUAUACAAAAGAAGUAAGAAUAUUAUUAUAUCAAUUCUACAAAGUCUUUAUUAACUAUUAUCAAGCAACAGAGGUAAUAGACACAUGUGUUCAAUUAAUAGAAUUAGAACGUGAUCCUGAAUGUCUUAAAGAAGUAUUUGACCUUAUUAAAUUGGUUUCUCAAAAAAAUGAAAUUGACGCAGAUUCAGCACCAUUAUUAUUUGACUGUGCAUCAGCUUAUUUUCCUAUUUUAUAUCCACCAAAAGGGGAUGAAGCAUUAAGAAUAGAUUUAACAAAUAAAAUAUUAGAUGCAUUUGUUUCAGCACCAAUUUAUGCUCAAUUUGCAUUACCAUUUUUAUUAGAUAAACUUGACGCUGAUUUAUCAAGUAUUAAGUUAGAAGCAUUAAAGGCUAUUUAUUUUUGUAUUCAACGAUUUGAAUUAAAAUAUGUUUAUGCAUAUUUUACACAUAUUUGGGAAUCAAUAGAACAAAAUAUUUCUACUGUUGGUGUUGUUGAAGUUAAUGAAUUUGCAUUUGCAAUUGCAUCAUACUUUUGUUCAUUAGAUGAUUUUCAUUCUAAAAGUUUAAUGGAAAAUAUUAAAAUGUUUUGUUUGAGAAUGAUGUCAGAAACAGAUGAAAUUAUUAUUAAUUUUGUAAAUGGACUGUUAGAAGAACUUACAAAGAAAUCAGAAAAAUUCUUUAAAUUAUUUGUUCCUAUUUUCAUUCAAUGUUUCCAUGAUCAACUGCAAGAUGCUGAUGACCGUCCUAAAGAGCAGUUUGAAAGAGAACUCUUUAUUGUUCGUUUAAUUUAUCAACGUAUUAUUGAAGGAAUGCCAUUAUUAGAUUGUGUUAAAGGGCAAAUUGCAUGGGAUCUCCAUAUAUUAGCAACACCAUCACAUCCAUGUUUUGUUAGUCUUUUAGAUAUAGAUGUGUCAUUAGCUUUAUUAAAUCUUAUUGGUGAACAACGAAUGGUUCCAUUUCAAAAUGCUAUUGAGUUAAGUGAAAGUAAAUGUCAUGAUGCUAUCCCAAUAUUACAAAGACUAUUUGAAAAAGAAGAAGAUAUUAUGAUUUCAUUAUUACCAGCAAAUAAAAUUAUUACAAACCUUGAACUUGUUAGUGGUAUUGCACUUCAUAGUCCUAAAUUAUUUGAACAACUUUUGAAAUUAAUUCCAACUUUACAAACUAAUGAAUACGUUCCAGUUUUUCAAUCUAUAUUAUCAGAUGCUCUUCCAUUCAACUGUUUAGAUGUAUAUGUUAACCAUUGUAUUCCGGUAUUUAUUGUUAUUACUAAUGGAAUCUUAUCACCAUUAUUCAACACCUUGAUGAAUAGACUUAGUCGUCUUCAUUCGAUUCUUAGCUCUAAGAAAAUCUCAGAAUUAACUGAAGGUGUAUUAAGUCAAUUAAAAGAACAUUCAAGAUUAUUACUAAUACUUCCUUCUUUACUUCAAUUCUAUCAACCAGAAAAUUUAAUAGUUUAUUUAAAUGAAGUAAAAGAAGUGGAUAAAGACACUAUUGCUAUAUAUUCACUCCUUAUUACUAAACUAACAACUACUAUACCUCAUGUACUUGAACAAAAUAAGGAAUAUUUUAAUGGAUACAAAACUAUUCAAGAAAUAGAUUCUCAUGAAUCAAAUAAACAAUCUACACCAAUAUUUAUUGAAGAACUAUGUCAAAUGAAUAAUAAAGCUAUUGAAUGUUUAAAAGAAAUGAUUGUGUUUGAUACUAUUAAUAAGAAAAAUGAAUUGGAUUGGAAAGAGGAAUUGUUCAAUCUAGUUUAUGAACGAUUUAUUGAAUCACAUCAAGUUACUACUGUAGAAGAAGCCCAUUUAAUAAUUCUUCUUUUCUCCUUACUUCCAACAGAUAAGUUAUUAACAUAUGAAAAUACUAUACUAAAAAUAUUUAACAUUAUUUGUGUUCCAACAAGUCAUUUAAAUGAGAUAGAUAGUGUUGUAGUUUUAUUAUUUAAUAUUUUACCAACUGUGUCUCAAUAUCCAAUGUCAUUAAUAGAAAGUGAACUUGAUUCAAUCAUAACAAAACUUUUUAAUGUUCUUUAUAUUAAUGAUACAACAAUCAAAUAUCGAUGUGAUAUUAUUGAUUUACUAACCCGUAUUCGUGUUGUUUAUGGCAUUGAUGCAGUAAGGCCAUAUCAAAAGAAUGUAAUAAAGAAAUUAUUAGUCCCAUUAGAUGACAAUAAGCGAUUAGUAAGAAGAUCUGCUGCAAUCUGUAGAAACAUUUGGGAAACAACAGCAUAA